GUUAUAAUUGGAUUCAACCCAUUAGGAAUUUUACUUAUCAAACAAGGAAAAUUUCUGAAGAAGAUAGGACGGAGUUAAUGGUGGGAUGCCUUUCCAUCCACCUUCCUACUGGCUGCAAACUGAAGAAUGAGAAGGAUGAUCUUUGUUGGUGUGUUUAUCUUAUUCUGUCUCUUAGGAGAUGUUGGAAGUGUGCUUUGUAGGUCAUGCAAUCUCUCAGUCCCCUUCCAUGGAUGCCUUCUAGACUUUGGAGUCUGCAAAACAAAGCCUGGUCAGUACUGUAUACAAGAGAGUCAUGUAAAAGGUGGCAUUCAAUGGUUUACAGUUAAAGGUUGCACGGAGGAUCACUCAGAGUGUUUCAAGAAAGAACAUAUAAAUGCUUUUGAAACUCACUCUACUCACUGCUGCCUUCAACCAAUGUGUAACUUUUGAAGAAUUGGUCCAUAGUUAAGUCAGUCAGUCUCAAAGUUUGACCUGUUUUUCACAAGAUGGCAGCUACUGCCAAUUAGCCCUCUUCAAAAACCUCAGACUUUUGUAUGCCACGGAGCUGAUGAUCUGAAGUUGACUCUGGCAUUUAAAGUGCCCAACUCCUCUCCAACCAUCUCCAACUCAGAAAUAAUUUUUUCAACACCAUCUCUCUCCUCUCUUCCUUUUACUUAAUUCCAUUUCCUGCCCCUGGUAAUUUCAAGGCUACAAACAAGUGAAAAUGAGUUUUCAAGUCAAACUAAUCACAUUAUUUCUAAUUAGUUUAUUUCCCUAAAUAUUUCCAUUGCAAAAUACAUUUAGGAAUGAAUCACAAGA